UGUCGGCGGCCGAGGGAUGGCGGGGAGGCGGCGGCGGCAGCGGGGCCGGGGGCGCGGCACGGGAGAGAGCGCACAGUCGCAGAGGAAUGAGGAGGUGCGCUGCUCAAACCAUGAUGCAACACACAAGCUCAUUCUCUCCCCCAACGGGAAGCUUUCUGAACACUGGGCUAAGGCUUCAGGAAACUGCCCUAAUACAAGGCUGGUGAAAGAACUGGGAAACCGAAUUAUUGUUCAAAUAGCAUGUGGGGACCAGCACGCCAUGGCAUUAUCCAGAGGGGGUGAGCUCUUCACCUGGGGCCAGAACACCCACGGACAGCUUGGAGUGGGGAGCCAAACCACGCUUACUUCCAAACCACAGCUGGUGGAAAGACUAAAGGGCGUCCCACUUGCUCAAAUUGCUGCUGGAGGAGCUCACAGCAUGUGUGUGUCACUCUCUGGAGCUGUGUUCUCCUGGGGAAAGAACAGUUUUGGACAGCUGGGACUCGGAGACACGAAAGACAGGGACUGCCCAACAUAUGUUGGAGCUUUGGAGCACUGGAAGACUGUGUUUAUCUCAUGUGGGGCAGAUCAUACUGCAGUUCUCUCCAAGGAGGGGCUGGUGUGCACCUUUGGAGCAGGAGGGUGUGGCCAGCUGGGUCACAACUCCACCCAGAAUGAACUCCUGCCUCGUGUGGUGGCUGAGCUGUGGGGAGCCAGGGUUUCACGCAUUGACUGUGGCAGACAAUACACCCUGGUCUACGUCCGUUCCUUGGACAAAUUCUAUUUCUUUGGUUCUGAUGAUGAAGGACAACUAGAAGAUGAGAGGAAGCCCAAUCAGUUGAUACCACUUCCCAUCAAUUCACCAGUGGAUAUUGUAAAAUCCUGCCAGAAAAAGGGUGCAUCAAAAAAGGGGAUUAAAAUUACUGCAGGAGUACACAAAAGUUUUGCCCGUUGCAAGGAGGGGAACAAGAAUUCGUAUUUGAAUGGAAUUGCCACUCUGGAGGAUAAAGAAGUGGAUGCAUGGAUUUCUAAUUCUAAAUGUUGUGAGAGGAUAAAAAGGAAUAUCAGACGGAUCUUUUCAUCUGAGGCUUGCAUCAAUGGAAGCUUCCUGGACAAAAGGGACAAACAUUUCAAAACUUCCAAAGAAGUCUCAGGCGUAGACCUAUCAGAAGUGAAACGUUUUUAUGAGAAGAUCAGUAAAAACCAAAGAGUCUACCAGGAGGUGCAAAUGGAGAUUAGGAACUUACUGUCUUCCUCAUUGUCUUCCUCUCCCAUCUCACCUGAAAAUUUCAGAGUCUACUUGAUCUUGCCUUUUCUUCUGAGGGGGAAGGAUGAAGGCUCUGUCCUUUCUCUGAUUGCUCUGGCUGAAGCCAUCAUGAAGCUCCAGCCAGAGGACCUGCAAACUCUUGAAUGCCUAUGGUCAAAUCUAGAAACCUCCUUUUUCAAGGAGCUGGUCAUUCUGUAUCAGAGGGCUUCCCAGGAAAUUCUGUUCUCAUUUGUCCAGGAGUUCAAGGCCGUAGGGCCAAGCCGCCUGUACAACCUAGACCCAGUUGAAACUGGGCCUCUGCAAAUACUGCAGAUGCUUUACCAGGUGAACUCCAGAACUGGUUUUGGAGUACAUGAAAGCAUCUUCCAAGUACAUGAAGUGAGAGAGAUUAUCGGCAUAUGUUCAUUCUUCAAUAUAGUAAUAGUCCUAGAGAUGCUGAGCAAGUACCCAUGCAUCUUUGACAGGGAAAACAAGAUACGCCUUCAUAUUACAGAAUGCAGGGCUCUGACCAUAGCCUUUACUACAGCCUUUAUAAGGAUCCCUGAGCCAUGGGAUUUUUGCAUCAGAAGACAAUGCCUUCUCCAAGACAUAUGGAAAAAUUUAAAGUCUGCCUCAAACCAAGAUUUCAGGAAGAUGCUAAAGGUGUCCUUUGAGGGUGAGGCGGGGGUGGACGAAGGUGCAGUGUCCCAGGAGCUCUUCAGCGUUGCAGCCAGGACCCUCUGCCAGCCCAGCACCAUCACCUUCUGUCACUUCACCUCUGGCCUCGUGUGGUUCCCCAGACAGGCCCCGAGCUGUGAGGAUGAGGACAUCUUCCUCUUGAUCGGGACACUGUGUGGAAUGGCCCUGUUUAACCAGUGCACGGUGCCCUUCCCCUUCCCCAGGGCUCUCUACAAAAAGCUACUGGGCCUGGCCCCCACCCUAGAGGACCUUGAGGAACUGCUGCCAACUGUGGGCCGGAAUCUUCGGAGAAUUUUGAAUGAAGAAAGUGAUGGCUUGGACUUGAACUUCACGAUAAUGGAAGGAGGAGAUUCCACAGAUGUUGUUGAACUUAAAGAAAAUGGUGCCAACAUUCCUGUCACUAAGGAUAACAGGAAAGAGUAUCUUGAUUUGUAUGUGAAUUAUAAGUUCAAUAAAUCAGUAGAGAAGCCAUUUGAGGACUUUAUGCAAGGGUUCUUAAGAGGCUGCCCAGCUAGAAGUUGGAAGAUGUUUUCCCCUGAAGAGCUGCAGGUUCUUCUCCAGGGACAGCCAACGUUUGACUGGCAUCUGCUGGAAAAGAAUGUGAAAUAUGCACAGUAUACGAAGUCAGAUCAAACUAUCAGGAAUUUUUGGACUGUGUUUCAUGACCUACCAGAAGAAAAAAAGAAAAUGUUUCUUGUUUUUUUGUCGGGAUCUGAUCGAAUCUCUGGCUAUGGACUGGAACCUUUUAGAUUUUGCAUUGCAGAUCCUCAAAUAGAAAAUCCAGACGAGAGCUCUCCCUAUGCCAGUACUUGCCUCCUGACUUUGUUCCUCCCCAGAUAUAGCAGAAAAAAAAUACUCAAAAAGAAGUUGCUUUAUGCCAUAGAGCAUAAUGAAGGUUUUGGCCGUAACUAACUCUGGGAUAGAAGCACUUAAAAGCAAAAAUAAGAAUAUGAGUCUUUGUUCAUUUGCCAUAUUUUCUCUUAAUAACUCAAAUUUACUGGUUUUUACCCUGCCUUAUUUUUACUGCACUUUAUAAGCACCUGAGUGUGUGUGUUUGCUGAGAUUUUACAUUGCUUAUAAAAUUGAGUUUCGACCAGACAUUUCAUAGUUAGAUUGUAAAGUUAGGAAAGAAGAAUCCUGUUUGGCACACUUCAGAGAAGCAAGCUGAUAACCAAGCAUAUUUACAUAUAUGUGCAGGCAGGGUCUGCACUGUUCUGGUUGUGUUAGGACAGUGAGCUCCCAGCAGCAGCAGGGAUUCUAUGAUUUGUACAUUUAUGCAUUAGCAUGCACACAACCAGGAAGUGCUAAGCAGUCACCCUUGCAGAGCAAAGCCGGGGUAAGGUUUUCAUCUCUGUUACUUAAGGGUUCUCAUGGGAGCAACUAACACAUUUAAUGAGAUUGUGAAUUGAAGGAGCAGUCUGUGCUCACCUGGAUAUGGUCUAUGAUUUAUCUGAGACAAAUUCAUAGGAGGAUUUGAUCAUUCCUAGGCUUUUUCAAAAGCUGUAUUAAUGAAUUAUAAUAAUACAAUUUUUUUGUUAUUUAGUGUGAUAAUUGUGAUAUUUGUCAUGUUUCAUUAUAACUUCUAAGGAGAUGUUUCACAAUUAAAUCAUAAAAUCUUAUGCUUGCAGAACAGCACUGCCUACAGAGCCCUGUGGACAUGAGGCUGGCAGGGCUUCAGGAAUCUCAUUGUCAAAACGGUGCAGAGCACUGGCAGGAUAUUAACCAUGUCAGGCAGGAUGUGUGUUUACUGUGUAUUUUGCUAUGUGGAGAGAGGGAGAGAAACAACAGCCAUUAUUUUUCAGCAGUCUUCUCUUUGGUGCAUUAAAUGUGUCAGGGGACAUCCAUAUGUAAAGAAGACUUCCACUGUCUUAAAUUAAAUGAUGAUGGAUUAAAUUUUCA